AUGACUUCUCUUGCGCAGCACAUUCCACCAAUUCCUGAGCCUUUUUCCUUGACGUUAUUGGUAGGAACAAGAGAAACACCAGUUACCUUUUUGAUUCACUACUAUCUUCAUCAUUGCAUACGAGAAGGUUUGAAAGUUUGCUUUGUUUCUUUUAGUAAAACGUUAGAUGAGCAUACUGACGCUCUUCGAAAAUGGGGAACCGAUGUAAGGACGAAACCAAAUUUUUAUUUUGUUGAUGGAUAUAGCAUGCUGUUUGCUCCUGCUGUUGUUGCAAAUAAGAUUCAGGCUAAUGAUGUGAAAAAUAAUCCCAAACAAGUUUUCGCUCCUGUCAUUAAGUGUCUACAACAAAACGAGUUUGAUACGAAAAAUUCUAUUCUUAUCAUUGAAGAUAUUGAUGUACUUUUGUCAACCAAUUCUCUACAAGCAACUCAAUUGCAAGAGGCUGUCUUUGAGUUGCAAAAAACAUCAGGACGGGUAGUGGUCAACGUAUCGGUUGGAGCACCCCUACCUCGCCAGGUAUCCUUUGCUAAAAAUAUGGGUCAUUUAGCUACGAGAUGCAUCUCUUGUCGGCCAUUAACAAGUGGGAAUGCACGUAGAAUUACCGGAUUCAUGAGAGUGACGAAGGGACCUAACCAUUUUUUGCAACGAAGUGGACAUGAAUUGCCAGAGGACGAUGACAACGAGGUUUUAUACGAGGUUACUGAAACACAUGCGGUUAUUCAUCCUAAGGGUCAAGUAACCUUACAACUCUAG